AUGUCCGUCGAAGGUGUCCGUGUCCUGGGCAAGGUCGAGGGUGACCACGCCGAGAUCGUCACUCCGGAGGCCCUCCGCUUCCUCGCCGUGCUCCACAGGAGCUUUGAGAGCACCCGCCAGUCGCUCCUCAAGAACCGCCAGCUGCGCCAGACCCGCUUCGACGGCGGCGCCCUCCCCGACUUCCUCCCCGAGACGGCCCACAUCCGAAACGACCCCACCUGGCAGUGCGCCCCUCCUGCUCCCGGCCUCCGCGACAGGCGCGUCGAGAUCACCGGCCCCGUCGACCGCAAAAUGGUCAUCAACGCGCUCAACUCGGGCGCCUACACGUACAUGGCCGACUUUGAGGACUCCAACUCGCCCACGUGGGCCAACUGCCUCGACGGCCAGGUCAACAUGCGCGCCGCCAUCAACCGCACCAUCGACUUCAAGCAGAGCAACGGCAAGGAGUACAAGCUCAAGCCCCAGGGCCAGACGGCCACGCUCAUCAUCCGUCCGCGAGGCUGGCACCUCAACGAGGAGCACAUCCUCGUCGACGGCAAGCCCAUGUCGGGCGGCCUCGUCGACUUUGGCCUGUACUUCUUCCACAACGCCCACACCCUCGUCCGCAACGGGUUCGGGCCGUACUUCUACCUGCCCAAGAUGGAGAGCCACCUCGAGGCGCGCCUGUGGAACGACGUCUUCAACCUGUCGCAGGACUACAUCAAGAUGCCCCGCGGCACCAUCCGCGGCACCGUCCUCAUCGAGACCAUCACCGCCGCCUUUGAGAUGGACGAGAUCCUCUACGAGCUGCGCCACCACUCGUCGGGCCUCAACUGCGGCCGCUGGGACUACAUCUUCUCGUUUAUCAAGCGCCAGCGCUACUCCAAGGGCGCCAUCCUGCCCGACCGCUCGGCCGUCACGAUGACGGUGCCCUUCAUGCAGGCCUACGUCAACCUCCUCAUCCAGACGUGCCACAAGCGCAGCGUCGCCGCCAUCGGAGGCAUGGCCGCCCAGAUCCCCAUCAAGGACGACCCCAAGGCCAACGAGGCCGCCAUGGAAAAGGUGCGCGCCGACAAGCUGCGCGAGGUCCAGGCGGGCCACGACGGCACCUGGGUCGCCCACCCGGCGCUCGUCAAGAUCGCCCUCGAGAUCUUUGACAAGCACAUGCUCGGCCCCAACCAGUACCACGUCCGCCGCGAGGAGGUCAAGGUGUCGGCCCUCGACCUGCUCAACUCCAACGUGCCCGGCCAGAUCACCGAGGCCGGCGUCCGCGCCAACGUGGCCGCGCUCCUCGUCUACUGCGCCAACUGGCUCAACGGGCUGGGCUGCGUCCCCGUCGCCAACAUGAUGGAGGACGCGGCGACGGGCGAGAUUUCGCGCCUCGGCCUGUGGUCGUGGGUCUACCACCAGCAGAAGACGGCCGAGGGAAACGCCAUCACGCCGGCCUACAUUGACCGCAUCCUCGACGAGGAGGCGGCCAAGGUGUCCAAGAUCGGCAAGAGCGUCGACGUCGCCAAGCGCUACAUCGCCGACCAGAUGCGCGCCAACGCACCCGACGAGUUCCUCACCUCGGCCCUCUACGCCCACCUGCCGCACAACCACGCCCCCGCCCGCAUCUAA